UCCAAACGCACGCACGCACUCAUGUGGCCUCUCUCUGCGCAUAAUGAUUCAUCAACCACCGUUUGCUCAUGAAACCGUGAUUUCGGGUCCGAUGAGUUCAUUUACGGAGCUGGGUGGUUUGUCGUGGGCCCUCGGAUGCCCCCACCCCCACCUCUCUCAUCCCGCGUCUCGACGGACCAAACGCUGCUGCUGCAGCAUCACCGGCAGCCUCCAAACUGCGUUUUCCCUGCCGCGAUGGAUCUCUGAGUAAACCGGCGAGCUGCUGUCAGAGAGACACCGCUGUAGCUGCUGUGGACAAGGACCGACACGCAAUGACCGCAAAGAAAUGGUGCCAUAGGCUCCAACUAAGAGAUAAAGAAAGACAAUUUUAUUUUUAGCGAUGUUAUAGGAUCGCCUUGUUUACCUUCUCGACAGAUAAGCAGCCGGGUGACUGUGAUAUUACGGCAUGUAAGAGCUGGAUAACUAUUCCUGUGUGACCGACACCCUUCUGCCGCUGAUUACAGUGAAAUGAAAAAGAAUGGGCCCAGCAGGUCAGUAGACCUGCGCUAAUUGGAGACAUGUUUUAAGGACAAUACCUCAGCCACCAUGAAAGGGUUAGGAGCCAACCGCAGUCGUCACCUGUCUGACUCGUGUGAACCAGCGGGCUGUUCCCAGAAGCCUCUGUAUCCUUUGACCUCUGACCCUCACAGCUCCUUUCUGUUGAGCCCUACUAUAAACCACUAUGGCACUCUGGACCCCCAUCUCCACCAGUGCCCUCCCACCAGCCCCACCACCUUGACUCCUGACUGCUUGCUGCCUUUCAGCCAGAUGUCCAACAGCAGCACUUUCCCUCGUCUGCAUUUUACCUCUCAGACUGACCAGGUUGACUGCUCCCAGGCCUGCAUGGCUACUGGUGGUGGAGUUGGGCAGGGGAGCAGGGCAGGGGCACUAUCCACAUCCUUGUCUAUGGGUAUGGGCUUGGGUCUGGGCCUGACUGGUGCCCCUAUGAUCACCAGUGGAUCGGCCACUAUCUCGUCUGCAGCAGCAGCAAAGAUGAACCGGUUACCUUCCAGCCUACUGGAUCAGCUAGAGAGGCACCUGCCCCUACAGCGUGAUGGCUUCAGUACACUGCAGUUCCACAGAGGCCGUAUGUCAAAGCAACGCAGUGAGAGCCCAGGACGCAUACGCCACCUGAUGCAUUCUGUGCAAAAGCUGUUUGCCAAGUCUCAGUCCUUGGAAAACUCUGCAAUCAAGGGUAGCUUAAAUGGGCGCUCUGCAGGAGGAAUGACUGGGACUACAGGAAGUGGUGAAGAUAGUGGUAGACCAACCCGCAGGAGCAAAAGUAAAGACAGGGCUAAGACUGAAGGGCAAAAGCAGAGACCUAGACCUAGUACACUAGGCCUCUGGGGCUCAGAUGAUGCCCUGGACACUGACACUACCAAAGCUGGCACUAUAGCUGUAGGUUACCGCAACCCACUGAGCAUGAUGACUCUUGGCAGAGCGGUGUCAGACAGCCAGGCCCCUCCAAGACAUAUUCCACAGGGCUAUAAUACAAUUUCUGCACAUACUCUCAAGACCUCCAAAAGCAGCAGUGACCUCAAGUUCCUGGCAUGCCCAGCAACACAAGUAGGAUCCAAGGAAGAGGAAGAAAGAACUAGGGGAAGCAAGGACGAUACACUGGUGAAGAGGGGCUCUUGGUCCACUCUCACACUUACCCAGGCUAGGCAGGUGUUGCAGAAGGGCUCUGCUACAGUCAACAGGACCAUGCUUAAAUCAAAGUCAUGCCACCAAGACUUGGCACAACAGUUCCUUCAGGUAGGAGGGCUUGUCCCCCUGGGCGACUGGGCAGGAACUUUGGGUCAUGGAAAGACCAAAGGAACUGAGAUCCCUUGUCGAAGGAUGCGCAGUGGCAGUUAUGUCAAAGCUAUGGGAGACGUAGAGGACAGUGAUGACUCAGAAGGAAGCCCCAAACCUUCGCCCAAAUCUGCAGCUCGUCGCCUGAGCUACAUGAAAGCCACCCAGCAGUCACUGAGUGAGCAGCAGCCGCCACCGACGCCACGCAAGCCUCGUUGCUACGCUCUCAUGCGGGAGGAUUAUCUGUGGUCUCCUCUACAAAGUGCGUGCUCUAUGCAGCAUCUGAGCACCCUGCCGUCCCUGAAAGAGCUGUCCACUAAUCGGAGCCUUGAUAACUUAGACUACCUGGUGAGUCCUUUAGAGGCCCCUCCACGCCACAGGAACAAUGAUUUCAGCCAAUGCUCUGGCACACUGGGCAGAGGCUCGGGCACUCAGCGUGUGAGUCUGCACACGUUCUUUCAGGUAUGCGGGCAGGGCUGUGGGCACUCUGUACCGUACUGUGAGGGGGAAUCGCAGGCUGUGGAGGCUCUGGAUCUGCCUGCGCCUACAUGCUUCCGGUCGCGCAGCCAUAGCUACCUGCGGGCCAUCCAAGCAGGCUGCUCCCAGGAUGAAGAUACAGCUUCUGUGGAUUCAGAGUCACCACCACCCACCACUCCAGGCUAUAGCUACAGCUCCAACACCAUCAGCAAUAGGAAAGCUCCACCUCCAGUCCCUCCCCGUACCACCUCCAAGCCCCUCAUCUCAGUGACAUUACAGAGCAGCACCGAGUCAGCCCAAGACACAUACCUUGACCAGCAGGACCGUGGCAGUGAGGUCAACAGCCAGUCAGGACGGAGCAACUCCUCUGACAGCCUCUGUAGCAUACGCACGGGUAGCCUGGCUAAGGGGACCCAGCCUCCACCAGCGCCUGUCCCUGCUGCAACCCCAGCACCAUCUGCAGGCUCCAUACCUCCUGUUCCAGCCCCCCGUGACCUCCCAACUACCACCACCACAACCACUACUGUUGCUACAAGUACCACUUCCACAUAUACUCAGUCCCAAAAUGACACCCUAAGCAGUGGUACCACUCUAGAGCAGCCCCCGACUGCACCCAAGAGGAAACUUUCCUCUAUUGGAAUUCAAGUUGAUUGUCUUCUGCCAGUUCCAAGAGAAGAACCUCUGCUGCUGGCUAAACCUCUUAAGUUUCAGUCAAUCGGAGUUCAAGUUGAAAACGGCAGGCCUCUCAGCCGGGACAGCAGCAUGGCCUCCAGACAAAAUACAGAGACUGAGCCUCAGGAGCCUAAGGAUGCCGCACCCAUAGAAAACAACACAACCAACUGCGCCAACAGUCAGACGGUGAAUACUGCGCCGAACGGACAGGACAAAGCCAUGGAGCAGCAGCCACUUAAACACAACUCAGCACCAUCCAGGAUAUCCAUCUCACCCCCAGAGACUCUCGACCCAGCUUUAGACCCCUCCUCGUUGCCGCCUCCAGAUCCCAGCCUCGAGUCUGGAAACUGCAGCAGCCAGGGAGAUGCUGUUCAGCCUACCACGCCAGCAUGUCUCAGAGACGGCAACUGGUUUCUGAAGCUACUGCAGGCUGAAACAGGCCGCAUGGAGGGAUGGUGUCAGCAGAUGGAGCAGGAGACCAAAGACAACAAGCUCUCAGAGGAGGUUUUGGGGACGAUCCGCAGUGCAGUAGGGAGUGCUCAGCUCCUCAUAUCACAGAAGUUUGAGCAGUUCAGAGGGCUCUGUAAUGAGAACUUGAAUAUAAAUGCCAACCCACGACCAACAUCGCAGGACCUUGCAGGGUUCUGGGAUCUGCUACAGCUCUCGAUAGAAGACAUCAGUAUGAAGUUUGAUGAGCUCUACCAACUUAAAGCCAACAACUGGCAGCUUCCUGAGAAGAAGGAUGAAAACAAGCAGCUUCCAUCAUCUGUGCCAAAGAAGCAGAGUAAGCCGCGGCUGUCAGCAGAGAAGGACAAGAGCGUGGACUCUGCUGCAGACAAGCAGCGGCAAGAAGCCAGAAAAAGGUUGAUGGCAGCAAAGCGUGCGGCAUCAGUACGACAGAACUCCGCCACAGAAAGUGCUGACAGCAUCGAAAUCUACGUCCCCGAGGCCCAGACCCGCCUCUGAGAGCAAACCAGCACCGAUCAAAAAAUUGCUAACGCACUUCAGACAUUCAUUGACACAACACAAAUCUGAGACACACACACAUAUGGUGUCAGCAGAUGGAUAUAUAUAU